AACAAUAAUAUUUAUUGUUACUAUUAUUAUUAUGGCAGCUGUAUAAUCGAUUUGUUGAUAUCGAAUUCCAGCUGUUGGUGUUGAUAACUUCAGUUUGUUCUAUGACAGCAUGGGCGUUCCUGUUCUUUGUGCUAUUUCAUUAUCAGUGCCAGUCUAAGCAACAGUAAUGUGUCAAGUAUUUUUUUAACAUUAGCUAAACAGCCAAAGAUUUUAUAAAUAUAUUGCUACUUUAUAAAACAAAAAUAAAUUAUAAAAUAAAAAAAAAAGUUCAAACAAAAUGACGGGAUAAAAUAGUAUUUUUUAAGAAUGUUAAAUGACAGCUGACCGCCAAUUUAUAUUUUGUUACUAUUAUUUAAAUCAAUAGCAAAAAGUGAAAAUAAAAUUUUUAUAUUAAUAUUUAUUGAGGUGAAUAAAAAUUAAAAAUUCAUAUGACCUUCGGAUAAUUCACUAACUUCUGAAGCUGAGUGAUUGUGUACAAAUAAUGAAACAUAGAAGGAAGUCCAGCUAAUUUAUAAUAAUCAAAACUUAACAAGUAACAAAUGAUAAUUUGAUGAAGACGACUAAGUUGAAUUAUGUCUGGAAGCAAUUCAUUUACAGCAACUUCACCGCGAAGUGCUACAGCACCAAAUAGAAAUUCGCACAAAUCAACUCUGCUGAAGGUAGUGAUCCUGGGAGACGGUGGAGUCGGUAAAUCAUGUUUAAUGAACAGAUUCGUGUCGAAUCAUUUUGACGAACACAGCUUCCAUACAAUUGGAGUGGAAUUUCUCAACAAGGACAUUGAGAUAAACGGCGAAGCUUAUACUCUGCAAAUAUGGGACACAGCUGGCCAAGAAAGAUUCAAAACACUGAGAACACCAUUUUACAGAGGCUCUGAUAUUUGUUUAUUAACUUACGCUAUUGACGACCGGACUAGCUUUAGAAAUUUAGCGUUAUGGAGAUCGGAGUUUUUGUACUAUGCAGAUGUGCAAGAAGGCUCUUUGUUCCCGUUUAUUGUCGUGGGUAACAAAGUUGACGUAGCAGAGUCUGAAAAACAAAUAACAACCGAAGAAGCACGUGCUUGGUGUGCAGAAAACGGUAACCCACCUUUAGUAGAAACGUCUGCUAAAAACGCAACUAAUGUUGAAGCAGCUUUUGGUGCAGCUGUCGCAGCUUGGGCUAAGCUAGAAGCUAGACUCGAACGUCCGAUUGUAGAGGAUACUAUUGAUCUCUCAAAGCAGCACUCGCCUCAACGUACUAGCUGCUGUAUGCCAUUGUCUAGUGCCGAGUGUAACAAAAUAAUUUGAAGAAAGUACAUGCAUGCUCUACUGUAAAAAUGCUCAUGGUAUUGAAAAAUAAUUAUUACGACAAAUUUAAUGUAAUAAAUAUAAAUAGAAUAAGAGUAAUCUCACGUACCGUCUGAUCAAGGCAUCAAAGAAAACAAAACUCUUAUGUAUUAUCAAUUAAUGCUAGGAUAAAAGACCUCAUUAGUGGCGGGGAUUUCAUUAUUGACACUUUUUUUGAUUUUGGUACUAAUUUAAUUAAUAAAAUCAUUAAUCUACAUUGUU